AUGGCUUUGGUCUUUAGAAUAGCAAUGCAACUGGUUGGGCUUUUGUUAUCUUUGCUGGGAUGGGUUUUAUCCAUUAUUACAACUUAUUUGCCCCAUUGGAAGAACCUCAACCUAGAGUUGAAUGAGAUGGAGAAUUGGACCAUGGGCCUCUGGCAAACCUGCGUCAUCCAAGAGGAAGUGGGGAGGCAAUGCAAGGAUUUUGAUUCUUUCUUGGCUUUGCCUGCCGAGCUCAGGAUCUCCAGAAUUUUAAUGUUCCUGUCAAAUGGGCUUGGGUUUCUGGGCCUGCUCCUCUCUGGGUUUGGCCUGGACUGCCUGAAAACUGGAGCGAGCCGGCACGCUCUCAAGAGGCGACUGCGAAUCCUGGGAGGACUCCUGCUCUGGACGUCGGGAAUCAUCACCCUCAUCCCCGUGUCCUGGGUUGCUCACGUCACGGUUCAGGAGUUUUGGGACGAGACCAUCCCAGAGAUUGUUCCCCGGUGGGAGUUUGGGGAAGCCCUCUUUGUUGGCUGGUUUGCUGGAUUUUCUCUUCUGCUGGGAGGGUGUCUGCUUCACUGUGCAGCCUGCUCCACUCCAGCAACUCUAGCAGCGCGUCACUGUGCGGUGGCAGAAACGCAAACUCAGUGUCCACACCUGGAAAACGGAACUGCAGAUCCUCAAGUGUAA